AGUGACGCUCAAGUUGUCUAAAGGGGAACAUACUUACUGAACAGUUGAUUAUGGCUGGCAGACAGGCAGUUAAAGCGUACUUGGAUCUCCUAUCGCAGCCAUGCAGGGCUCUACUAAUAUUCCUGAAACACAACAAAAUACCUCAUUCGGUGGAACUUAUUGCGUUACGAAAAGGGCAGCAUAAAACACCUGAAUUCACCAAACUCAACCCAAUGCAAAAAGUGCCAGUGUUGGAUGACAAUGGAUUCGUCCUUACUGAGAGUGAUGCCAUAUUGAAGUAUCUGGCAACAACCUACAAUGUCCCUGAUCACUGGUACCCCAAACUGCCAGAGAAGAGAGCCCGAGUGGACGAGUACGCAGCCUGGCAUCAUGUGAACACACGUUUGCACGCUUCCACAGUCUUUCUGCAAGAGGUUAUAUUUCCAAUGAUGGGACAGCUGAAAAAUGACGCAAAGUUUGAAAAGGCACUGAGAGACCUGGAUGGCACACUGGACAUGCUGGAAAACAUGUUUCUGAAGAGACAGGCCUUCCUGUGCGGUGAUGACAUCUCAUUGGCUGACCUGUUAGCAGUUUGUGAGAUCAUGCAGCCGAUGUGCAGCGGGAGGGACAUUCUGAAGGACAGACCCAAACUACUGAGCUGGAGGAGCAGAGUCCAGUCAGCGCUGUCAGACUCCUUUGAUGAAGCUCACUCUGUUGUCUAUCAAAUAAAGCAGAAGCUCUCAGCUAAACUGUAAAAAAAUCAACUCUCUAUUCACAACAGUUAAUUGUAUAAGAUUAUAUGCCACAAAUUAUUUAUUUAAUAUGACUAACAUGAAAAGCUGUUGUAAUUUACUUUGUGGGAUUAAGGAUGCAUCUACGUUUGCUCAAGAUCAUGUUUGAUUAAUAUAUGGCUUGAAAAGUUUAGUGAACAUUUUUGUUCCCAUAGUUUUUGCCUUUUCAAAUAUCUACACAAUGUGGUAGUGUGGUUUGCUAAAUGAAUAAACCUAAUGGUUUGUGAUGAUUUAAAUAUAAGUGAAGGAGCAGAAAAUGUAAACGCAUUUUAUUGCUGCACAGGCACUGGUGAAAGUGUAUGAACAUCAAGACCCAGGUUUGCUCUUGAAUGAUGUUUGCCUUCUCACUCUUGUGCCUUACAUUUCUGAUGAAAUUGUCCAAUUAAAAUGGUUUCUGUUAAUAAA